UUAAAUAAAUAAAAGUAAACAAAAGAAUAUAAAAGCCGCAGCUUGUUAGAAAGUUGAAAAAGUUUCGGAUAAUGAAUGGAGCUUUAGAAUUAUUACCAACUCUACACAAGCCUUUACAUUCAAAAGUAUCCAACUAUUUGAAUAAUCAACGUAGUUCCGGACAAUACUGUGAUUUAAUAAUUGAAUUGGAAUCGGAUGUGGCUGGUGAUGAUAGCAUUGCGGAAUAUGGACACUUUUGUGUUGUUGGCGCACAAAGUCGUUUCAUUGGCGGUCCACAAUUUUUACAAAAAUCAUUUCAAUUUUCGAUACACAAUCCACUGAAGGUGACUAUAAAUAAUUUCAGCUGUGCACAAUGUCUACAUACAAUGAUGGAAUUUUUCUAUGAAGAUGUGGUGUCCAUUGCAAAAGAUCAUGAAGCACACUUCAAACAGUUGGCUGGGAUAUUAGCUGUUACAGAGUUAAUGAAUUUAUUUGACAUGCCGAGUGCUCAGUGGACACCAGAUGUAAAUGACAGUAACUUGACGGUGGUAAAAGAAGAAGUAGACAUACAAGCAGAGGAAGCAGAAAAUGUUAAGACCGUAUCCGAGAAGAAGGAAGGCAAUAAUUUGUGUAAUAAAGAUCUCUUUAUGGAUCCUAGUAAUUUUUUUAAAUUGAAGAAUCCACGUGCCACCAAUUCUAACAGUAAAAUAAACUAUUGCAUUGGCUGUGAUUUCAAAUGUUAUCGUGUUCAGGAAAUGAUCUCCCAUAUGAGCAGUUGCGAACCCUCUCACCUCACCUGUUCGCUAUGUGAGGUUGGCUUCCUCGCGUGGCGUGUAUACGAAGCACACAUCAAACAUCAUGAGAAAAAUAUUAAAAAACCUUUCUUUUGCUUGGAGUGCGGUGCACGUUUUGUCAAUCGAGCUGCCCUCGCAAUACAUCUACCUAAGCAUACAACUGAAACGCCGCAUCAAUGCCAACGCUGCGGCAAAAGUUUCAAAUGGAAACAAGGUCUUAAAAACCAUAUGCUUGUGCAUAACAAAGAGAAAAAGAUGCUUUGCGAUGUUUGCGGUUACAGUACCACACAUAUGAAAGCUUUAAAAUCUCAUAAAUUGCAGCAUACUGGCGAGUUCUUUAAGUGUCCAUAUCCAGAUUGUAACCAUCACGCCAAUCGUAAAGAAAAUCUUCGCAUACACAUAGAGACACACAAGCAAGAACGUCCAUUUGUAUGCGAAGUUUGUGGUUGCAAAUUUAGUCAAAGUAAAAAUCUCAAACGGCAUGCGCUGAAACAUUCAGCAGGCGACUUAAAUAAAUAUAAAUGUCAAUUAUGCUCGUUUAGUAGUCAUCGGUCUGACAAAGUAAAGGAACAUGUACAACGAGUGCAUACGGAGAAAGAGGUGCAAUUGGAGCUGCCAGAGAUAGUUGAGAAUGCUUUCGAAAACAAUAUGUGUGAUGAGUUUAAUUUACCACCUUUGCCGACAGGUGAUAUGGACGGCAAAAAGAGCAUUCAAAAUGAAAAGUUAAAAGCCAAAGAGGUGCCCAAAAAAACACGCAAGCGCAAAACAACUAGUCUGAAACAAGAAAAGAAAUGCCCUGUGCCUAUUGCGCCAAAACCCAAUGCGGACGUGUCGAAAAUAUUGAUUAAAAAUACACUUGGCAAUAUUGUUUAAUAUAAUGAUAAAUUAUAAUGAUAAAAAUAUUUUUUAUCUAUUCUUAUACUUAUACAUAUUUUUUACUAGCAAGUGAAUCAAAAACUUACCUGUUAAAUAAUUUAUAGGCUUCUAAAUUUUUGAAAGUAGUGCCGAUUUCUUUUAGC